AUGCUUAGGAGAGGUAAAUUUACAAAAGAGGAAGAUCAAGCAAUCAUUGACCAUGCUGCUAAGAACAAAGGUGGCAAUUGGCCAGAACUUGCAAAAAUUCUGCACCGAAAUCAAAAUUCGUUGAGUGAACGAUGGAGAAAUUACUUGAAACCAGGUCUAAACAAAAACGCUUGGAAUGAGGAGGAAGAUAAAUUGCUAAUUAAUCUUUACAGACAAUAUGGGCCAAAGUGGAGCCGAAUUGCCAAGUUCUUCUCAGGAAGAACAAACGUUAACUGCAAGAACAGAUGGGCAGUAAUUGGAAAACACCCUCCUUCAAUAGCUACAGAAUCAAAUGAGAAUCAACCUUUGAAACAAAAUGAUGGUAUUGCUGAAAUUGGACAAGAUAAAGAAUUCGCUUCUAUAUUUGAUGGAAUAAUUGAGGAUGAUUUUCUAUUGGCAAUGAGUUUUGAUUCUCAUUAG